AUGUGUGUGCGGUUCGUGCGCUCGACGCACUUGCUGGCGGGGUACGAGGAUGGAACGGUCAUUCUUUGGGCGUUGAAUUUCGAGAGUGGGGUCGGGGAGAUUGUGUUUAGGAGACGCGCGCACGGGGAGACGGCGCUGUGCGUCGACGUCGACGCGGGCGGAGAGGGCGCCGUCACGGGCGGUGCCGACGGCGUGCUGGUGCGCUACGCCAUCGAGUUCGUGACGAAAUCUGAAGUGAACGUGCGCGUCCUCCGUACGCACGGCCCGUACACGGAUGUCGUGAGCGCAUCGAGCAAGCAACCGGGCGUGAGCGCGUGUUCAAUUCGCCGCGAUGGCAAAAUCGUCGCGUGUGGUUGUUGGGACGGCAAGAUCCGCGUGUUCGAGUACAAAGCGAGGUCGAAAGGUCGACUGUUAGCGGUGUUGAAGUAUCACGACGCCACGGUGACGGACGUUCUGUUCGCUCCCGAUGAUUCGUUUUUAGUGAGCACGUCUCGAGACGGCACCGUCGCGAUGUGGAACAUCUUUUAG